AUGGCUGCACCACCACCGUCAGACUUACUCACCCUUCUACAGUACAUGGAAGAGAGGGACGAAAAACGCCGGCAGGAGGACGAGAAACGACGGCAGGAGGAACAGGAACUGCGCAAACAGGAGGCAGCUAUCAGACAGGACGAGUUUGCUGCCCUUCUCUCAGCAUUCAGUAAGGGUAUGAGCUCUGCAGUGUCUACAGCUGGGGCGGGCGCGGUGUCAUCCAGCCCCCCACCCUCCCCGCCCUCCUCGCCCCGUCUUCCCCCGCCACCCAGGCCGCCACACUCACACGCCAAAGCUGUCAUCUCACCGCCUCCUCCUCUACAGCCUGACGUGCCUUACCAGGUUUUUCGAGAAUGGAGCAGACGAUGGCGCGACUACGCAGUGAUGACGGACCUGACUACUUUGCCUCUCAGUAAACGUCACAUUCAACUGAGAGCCUGCCUGAGCCCAGAGGUACUACACACCCUUCACUAUCGCCUUCAGAUUCCUCAAGACGACUCAACACCGAUAGAAGACCUGCUGACCACGCUUGAUAGUUACUUCAAGGCUCAGACCAAUGAAGCCUUACGGCGACGAGAACUGUUCAGCUGCCGUCAGAGUGUUGGAGAGCAGUUUAAUGAGUUCUUUGUGAGAGUCAAGAAUCUAGUAGAGGCUGUGGAUGUGUGUAAAGGGGGCAACACGGACUGCGAAGAAAUGCAGAUGAAACAAGUGAUACUCAUGGGAGUGAUUGACCAGGAGUUAGUGCAGGAACUCAUUGGCAUCAUCCCUACACACUCACUUGAUAAAGUUGUGCAACACUGCUACGCAUUUGAGGCCGCCAGACGCACAGCCAACGCCAUCACUUCUCCUGCACAAGCCCUCUGUGCUGUGUCAAGGUACAAGAAGGACAAGAAGGCAAGGCAGCACGCCUCUGCACCGACUCAACCUCUCUCAGACGCAUGUGACAGCUGCGGACGCCCACAUGCUAAAGGAGAAUGCUCAGCAGCACUAGUUAUCUGUAGCAACUGUGGUAUAAAGGGCCAUCGAGUACGGAUGCCACGGUGCCCUGCCAUCAACGCUACAUGCAAAUGCUGUGGAAAACAAGGUCAUUUUGACAGGUGUUGUCGCUCAUCCAAACCUGCAGCAUCCUCCUCGGCCCUCGCCAAGUGUAACAAGUCACCAGGACCGUACCCGAGGAACAAGAACAAGUACCCCAGUGUUCGCCAUAUUAUGGACAACACACACACCCCAUCUGAGACUUCUCCGUUUGUAGUCGUCGAGAUUAGUCAUGUCAAGGGGACAGGUGUACUUACCUUGUUGCCGGACACGGGUGCUGACACAACCAUCAUUGGAGCAGACCACCUUAACGACAUUGGCCUGACACUUGCUGACCUCCACUCAUCUCCACAGAGGCCAACGUACAGCGCUGAUGGAUCACCCAUGCAGCCUGUCAUCGGUUCUGUACAGGUGAAGAUGACGGUCAAAGGACACAGCAUUGAGGAGUGGAUUCAUGUGUAUCCAGACAUACCUGUCCCUUUGCUGUCUUACAGGGCAUGCAGGGACCUAGCCCUCAUCCCUGAGCGGUUCCCUGCCCCUAUUGCACAGGUGACACACGCCGCUGUGAGAAAUGGAGACACCGAGACUGUUGACGAAACCAACAGAGUACUGGAGAUCACAGCAGGCGAUGACGUCUCCGUUCCCCAUGCUUUCCUGCCACACCUGCCUUUCAACAGUAACACUACUCCUGAACAGGCCAAGUCAUACUUCUUGGAAGAGUAUGCUGAUGUACUUGUCAAGAAAGAGGAUCUGCAGACGAUGCCGCUCCGCCCCAUGGUGGGGCCCCCGAUGCGUAUCCACUUGCGGGAUGAUGCUCAGCCGUUCGCUAUACAUACCCCACGGCAGAUCCCUUUGGCAUACCAAGAUGACGUCAAGCAGGAACUACACAGCAUGGAGGCUCAAGGAAUCAUUGCUCCAGCUGGUGAUGCUCCCUCACAGUGGUGCCACCCACUUGUUGCGGUGCCCAAACCCAAGGGAGGAGUACGCAUUACCACAGACCUAUCUAAACUGAACAGUCAAGUCUCACGGCCCGCCCACCCGUCUCCCACGCCCUUCAGUGCCAUCAGGAGUGUCAAGCCAGGUACCAAGUACUUCACUACCGUUGAUGCUCUUCACGGGUACUGGCAGCUGGAGCUUGCGGCAGAGGAUCAACACUUGACAACCUUUAUAACGCCCUACGGUCGCUACAAGUACCUACGGGGCCCUAUGGGAUUCGCUGCGACUGGUGAUGAUUUCUGCCGCAAAGGAGAUGUAGCUCUUCAGGGGAUCACAAAUUGCGUCAAGGUUGUCGACGACGUUCUCCUGUACGACGAGGAACUCCUGCCCCACUUGUCUCGAGUCAACGAAGUUCUCGCACGAUGCCGGGCCAGUGGAAUCACCCUGAAUGCGGAGAAAUUCGCCCUUGCAAGACCCGCAGUUACGUUCUGUGGAUUUGUGCUCUCAACAGAAGGGAUAUCUGCAGACCCUGAGAAAGUACGGGCCAUCGCUGAGUUCGCCACACCAGCCAACAUCACUGACUUGAGAUCCUUCAUGGGACUAGUCAACCAGUUGACAGAGUUCUCCCCUGAAAUCUCGACAGCAGCACAGCCACUACGCCCACUUAUGAGUCCUAGGCGUGCCUUUACAUGGACCGUGGACCACGACACUGCAUUCCAACGGGUGAAGAAGGCACUGGCCAGUCCUCCAGUAUUGGCCGUGUUCGACCCGCAGUUGCCCACCAUCCUUCAGACGGACGCAUCCAGACUCUAUGGUGUCGGCUACGCCCUGCUACAAGAUCAUGGAGGAGGCCACCUCCGGCUGGUACAGUGUGGCUCACGUUUCUUGACAGACACAGAAACACGUUACGCCACAAUCGAACUCGAAAUGUUAGCCACAGUUUGGGCGAUGCAUAAGUGUGGAUAUUAUCUCAAAGGACUUCAGACAUUUGCACAUGUUACAGACCACCGCCCACUCAUCCCCAUACUUAACAGCUACACCUUGGAUGCAGUCGAGAAUCCCAGGCUACAAAGGCUGAAAGAAAAACUGUCACCAUUCAUCUUCACUGCUCGUUGGUGUGCCGGCAAGAAACUCUGUAUUCCUGAUGCCUUGUCCCGCCAUCCUGUCAGCAGCCCUACAGAUGAAGACGACAUGUUAGUUGACGUCUCAGCUCAUGCAGCAGUCACCGUACGAGCGAUAUAUUCCCUCGCCUCAUCUGACGACUCGCAGCCAGCCACAUCAGACGUCCAACUCGAAGAACUCCAGCAGGCAGCACGCACCGAUGAGACCUACAUCAGGCUCCUGAACUGCGUACGCAAUGGGUUCCCCUGUCAUCGCUACGACCUACACUCCACUCUACUCGACUACUGGAAGAUCCGUGAUGAGCUGUACUGUGAUGGCGAUCUAGUCCUAUACGGUCCGCGCAUCGUAGUACCUGCAGCGUCCCGCAAGUCUGUGUUGCGACGCCUGCAUGAUAGCCAUCGCGGAGCUGAAGCCACCAAGCGCCGAGCUCAGCAAACAGUGUUUUGGCCCGGGAUCAAUUCAGACAUCACCAAUGUUGUCCGUGCCUGUGACGCCUGCCAGAUGCUCCUUCCCAGUCAACAGCGUGAAGUAUACAGGAAUGAUGACAAGCCGACGCGACCUUACGAGUCCAUCUCGGCUGACUAUUUUCAAGUCGCAGGGAAAUCUUUCCUUGUCAUAGUUGACCGACUGUCUGGCUGGCCUGAUGUCUACCCAUGUGGCAGCAACACUACUACUGCCGCCACGAUAGAUCACUUCAGCAAGUACUUCAGCGACCACGGUGCCCCAGUCCGCCUACGCACCGACGGAGGUCCACAGUUUGCUGCCAAGGCGUUCUCGGACUUCCUACUACGCUGGAAGGUCCAACACAUCCUCACUUCACCGCAUCAUCCCCAGUCCAAUGGUCAUGCAGAAGCCGCUGUUAAGUCGUUGAAGCACCUUAUCCUCAAGAUUCUUUUGGCCACUCUCUUCGCACUUGUGUCCCUGCCCACCCGAAUUCCUUUCGGCCAGAAUGGCAGCCAAACGCUGAAGAGUGUGAAAUGCGUGCCACCCAGCGAGAUUUCGACGUCCAGUGUCACUACAACAAUCGGGCCCGUCAGCUUCCAGUCCUGCCCCUUCACCAACGCGUACGCAUCCAGGACCCAGUGUCGCACAGAUGGUACCAGACAGGGACAGUGGAGGCACAACCAAGGCCCCGCCAGUAUGACAUCCGCCUCCCCAGUGGCCGCACCAUCCAACGCAACAGGAUUCACCUACGCCCAGUGCCGCCCGGAGACGGAGACCCAGCACCUGCCCCUGCCGCUGAUGAUGCAGUACCCCAGGCUCCUCCUGGCCCUAGACGUUCCGAGCGACUACGUCAACGCCGGGACACGCCAGCAUGAAGCUCAAGACGUCGCUAUGAGCUCCAAGGGGGGAGGGAGGUGUGGGUUAGUCAGUAGCUAG